GCGCGAAGCCAUGAAGCUCGAGAACCGCCUCGUGCACGCUGAGACGAGUUUACGUCGGUACGUUGUCGAGAAGAAGGAGCGGCGCACGAGCAACCCCAGUCUACUGGCGGAGAAGCGGCGCUCGGUCAACACGGCGACCGUGGCGCCCGAGCCAUCGCCGACAAUUGACGUGGCCAGCGUCAUGGCGCCGUACGAAGCUCGUUUGCGCAGCCUGGCGGUCGAGCUGGAAGCCUCCCGCGACGUCGAGACCAAGUAUGCUGCGGCGAUGGAAACCAUCGAGGACCAGAAGACCCAGAUUGAGGACCAAAAGACUCAGAUUGAGGACCAGAAGACCCAGAUCAAGGACCAGAAGAGCCAGAACGGGAGUCUGCAGGCGCAGAUCGAGAGCUUGAGAGUGCAGAACGAAAGCGACAAGGCGCGCCUCAGCGGCUUGGAAGAAGAGCAGAUCGAAGAGCGUGCUAUCUUGGCAUCCAUGCGCGAGUCCAUGGGCCACCUCAAACAAAACAUCGCAGCCCUCGAAGAUGCUCUGGCCGAGGCCCAAAGUCAGUCUACGAUCAGCUGUGACUUGCGAGGUCGUCUAGUCGCGCUGCACCGAUGCAUGGUGGUGCCCGGCAACCAGGCAGACGAACCAGAAGCAAGUGCAGACGAUGAGACGCAGCACUUGGUAGAAGCACUCGACCACGUGCUCGAGCUUCUCAGCGAGCUGAAGAAUCAGCAGCCUCUCUCAUGGCUCCAGCGUCCCACAUUCCUGACGCUUCCUGGGCCCAACGACGACAUAGCCGAAAACCGAAACACGUCGCUCGACAAGCGUACGUUGACAGAGCCUAUUCAGCGCCUUAAAGAAGUCUACCAUGCUGCGUCCGAGGCUGACGUCAUGGGGCUCACCGAUUGGCUUCAUAACGCCAAGCGAGGGACUGGCAUUGGCCGUCCCUUCCAAUUGUACGACCUGUCGCCAAACGAGGUACACGGCGUCCUUACACAACUUACACCGCUGCUACAGCAACAGUGCGGUGCCCCUAUCCAGGCCCAACGCACCAACCGCGUCAUCUACAACACAGAUCUUAGUUUGCGCGCACUAACAACGUCAGAAAAAUGACCUUCCUUUUGACAACCAC